ACAACAAUCGAAAAAACCUCGACUCGUUCCACGACAGGGACUUCCUAUAAACCAAAGAAAAGAGAUCCUUACCCCAAAGCAACGCAACCCCUCUCUCUCUCUCUCUCUCUCUCUCUUAUUUUACUGUCAUAUCAUGCAAAGCAGCACCUUAUAAGAAGGCCCUUUUAAGUUUUAACCCUCAUAAGUCACAACACCAUUUGUUUUCCUCAGCCAGCUCAUUCAUUCAACUCCAUCACCAACCCCUUCUCUCUCUCUCUCUCUCUCUCUCUCUCUCUCUCAUAUUUCAACGUUCCUAUGCCAGAUCUCUCGGGGUAACCGCGCUAUUUAGGGUCGUCUGCUUCUCUUCUCUUCUACUUUUUCAUUUGGGUAUUUCCAUCGCGUACAAAAAUUCAAUCUUUUUUAUUUUUGAGGGAUACCCUUUUUGUACUUUCCCUUUUUCUGGUGGAUUUUUCGCCGCGUAACUCUCGACCCUUGAUUUGAUUUACCUUCUAUAUAUACCCCACUUGCCAAAAACAGAGUCUUUUUGUGGAGAGAAAGAUGGAGAGCGAGUGUGAGAUGAGAGAAGAGAAUAAUAAUAAUAAUAAUAAUGGGUUUUGUGUGUUCAGUGAUGAUGAGCUUAAGGAUGUGAGUGGUGUGAAGCGUGUUGGUGGUGACUGUGUUGAAGUCACGUGCGGAUGCACUAGUCACAGAUAUGGUGAUGCUGUUGGAAGGCUUAGGGUUUUCUCUAAUGGCUGCCUCCAAAUCUCUUGUGAAUGCACUCCUGGUUGCAACGAAGACAAUAUGACUCCUUCUGCAUUUGAGAAGCACUCUGGAAGAGAGACAGCGAGGAAAUGGAAGAAUAAUAUUUGGGUAAUAGUUAAUGGUGAGAAGGUUCCAUUAUUCAAAACAGUUCUACUCAAGUACUAUAAUAAAGUUUCCAAAGCUGCAAGCAACUGGAAAUGUUCUGAUCAUCCAUAUGAUAAAAUUACAUGUGAGAAUGAAGAAGAGAGAGCAAGUAGAAGAGUUUACAGAGGCUGCACACGAUCACCAACAUGCAAAGGAUGCACAACAUGUGUGUGCUUUGGCUGUAAUGUAUGUCGCUUUUCGGAUUGCACUUGUCAAACUUGCACUGAUUUUACAUGGAAUGCCAAAGCUGAGUAGAGGGAUCCAUCAUCAUCAUCUUCUUCUGAUGAGUUACUUAGCACCUUUCUUUUGAUUAUGGACUGAAUUUACCAGUCCUACCUUUGAGCAUUCAUUGUUCUUAUAUCUUAUUUAUUGUUAUGGAUUAUAAAGUUCCAUGAAGUAUUCCACAUCUUCUAUAUUGCCAUUUUGUUAUACGAUUAAAGGAUUUUAAGAUAAAGGUAAAAAUAUGUAACUGAAGUAGGAAACAGAAAAGGGUCUUUAGUUCAGACAAGCUAUAAUUGGAUUC